CUUCAACUUUGUCAGCCGUCCGCCUCGACACGAAGCUUUGAAGAGCUACAAAAGCCAGCUCAUAUGGGAGGAUCCAAGAUGGUUACAUGGGCCAUGGCAGGUAUUUGUGCAUAGUCAUUCACCGAGCCUGAGGUUAUUGUACCGUCACACCAACAGACCCUCUCGGACACUGAAUUCCGAUCAUGAGGCCUGAGGCCUGACCUUCUUGGAAUCCUGACCACGAACUCAAACGCCGCGAUCCAAGUCAGCACGUAUCAUGAAGUUGCAGAGUCUUGUAGGCGUGACUCCCUGGAGGUGUUUGAAGGGGACAUGAAGCUCUGAGUUUAGAUCGCAAGCAAAGAAAGUCGAGUCAGAACUGGCGGAGGCAAAGCGUUUCGUUUACGGGAGCGAAUCGGGCUAUAUGUAGCGCUUGAUUCACACAACGAGAGUUUCAAGCCGACUCGAAUAUACCACAGAGCACCUUCGGCGACGCGUUUUCGUAUCUAUUAUGACUGCCUGUUGUGGAACAGAAGAUCGUGAUCCUUUCCCACCAUGGUCGCGGGUGGAUAGAAGAAGGGCGACCUGCUGCGAUGUGGGAAUGUUCCCUUACGCUUCAGGGAUUUUGCCUGCUGCGCCCUACCUCUGUCGGUUGAUUUGCGAUACUGUGCUAUUUCGACCAACUGUUCAGCCGACAGUGAUAGGUUUAAUUGAUUUUUAGCCGCAAAAAAAAGACGACCUUCCGACCGACAGACAUCUCCACCCAAUAUAAUUCCAAAACCAUUGAUUUCGCAAAAUAGCGAUAUUCUUCAUCAUGAGCGCUCCGUGGUAGAAGCGACUGGAACUGGCGCCGGAACCUUCUGAAUCUCACGACCGAUGGCGAUUGACUCGUGUCCACUUAAUUUCCGUCGUCGGUCCGCAGAAGUUGCCCUCAAUCACUACGACCGCAAUGUGGCUCCGUUUCCUUCGAAAAUCUGUCGGAUUCGCGCUGGUAGCAGGAGGCGCUCUGGCGCUACUCAUAACAGCAGGGACAGGCCUGUUGACCCUACUAGGAUUCGGAGCAGGUGGCAUUGUUGCUGGGUCUGCGGCUGCCUGGAUCCAAUCCACAUUCUACGGCGCCUUCACCUGCGGCGUAUUCUCCACUUGUACGUCUAUCGCCGCAACCGCAACCGCUCCUGCCGUUGGGGGCAUUUUAGCCUCAGUUGCCUCCAUGGUCACGGGUCUGUGGCUCUGGCUUUUCUAAGAUGGGGAAAAGGAAGACUCGCAGAAAUUGUACUUUGAAAUUAUCCAUCGCAGCGGUCUUGUGGUGCUUCUUGGUCUGCAACCUUAAUUUAGGUUUUUAUUUUGAAGAACGUUCAGUCUAUAUUUUAAGAUAUCACUUCGUGUCA